AUGACCAAGGGUGACUUGAAGCCGUUGCAAGAAAAGCUGAAAAAACUGUUGCACGAUAUAUACUUCCGCUUGCUGUUGACAGAUCCAAAGUCGCGUAAAGUGAUAAUAUGCGAAUCGCCACUUGCUCCUGUUGCAUUAAAACGAAUAAUUGCGGAUUUGUUGUUCCAGUAUUUCCAAGUACCAUCCAUUUCAUUUGUACCCAUUCAUCUGAUGGCUCUGCUGACGACUGGUACUACGACAGGCCUGGUUGUCGAUUGUGGUAACCUGGAAACGACAGUACUUCCUAUAUAUUCGUCGCGGCCCCUCGUACCUUACAUCGCCACCACUCCUCUCGCCGGCCGAGCACUGACUCAGCGGCUCGAAUCCUUGCUUUUAGAACACGGCCGCUUUAUACCCUCCUCACAUUUACAACUGUCACUCGCUCCUCAGAAUCCAAUGCCACGCUCCGUAUUGACGCCGAGUGUACUCGAAAAUUUAAAAGCCACAAUCUUGUUCUGCUCGCCGCUGAUGAUGGACAGAAAGGAAGUACAAGCCGAUCUGGUAGCAGGGUACAAAAACUUUAGCAGUGCAACGGACGUCUACUAUCCUGUCGUUUUGGAGGAUGGUACCAAAGCGACACUAUUGAUACCCGGCUGGAUCCGUGAACGAACAGCAGGAGUUUUGUUUGAAGGAGAUGAAGAGGAUGAACCUAGUGUGGUGCAUUGCAUUUUGAACGCAAUUCUCAAGGUUCAACCGGAUUUGCGAAGGCCGCUCAUGUCUUCACUACUACUUAAUGGUGGAACUUCGCUUAUUCCUGGAUUCCAGUCCCGGCUCAAGCAAGAGCUGCUUCGUGUUAUGCGGGAUCCAACUCCAUUUGAAAAGAAGCGAUAUGCAAGUUUGCUUCGACUGCAAAACUCGGUGCGAUUCAUUGAUAGUCCAGAGGAUAACAAGGGCGCUGGCCGCAUCUUUAUGAACAAUGUACGCGGCUGGAUUGGAGGCUCUUUGAUGGGUUCACUGAAGUUGUCAGGUGAAGAGUUAGCCAGAGAAAGGUACAACGGCAUUGUGACAGAUUGGUCUAUAAAUCAUUGGGCCACCUCUCCUCCUCCUCCUCCAGGGACAUCGUCCAGUACCUCUGAAAUAUCUGCCUCAUCUCCUACUUGA